ACUUGUUAAAAGACCCCAUAACGUGGAGGAGGCAGAAAAGCAACGGCAGGAAAGGAAAAGGCAAGACGUCUGGAAAAUAUUACCCGCCCGCUGCGCCUCGCUGACCCAGGCGCUCGAGCUGCGAGGGCAUCACCACCACAGAGGCUUUCGACGAUUGAUGCUGCCCAUCUCGCAACCUUCAGAGCCCGCCGCUUCCCCGGGCCCCUGGCGCCCCGCGGGUCAAGCAGGACCGUGCGCUCGAGCGCCAGAACCAAGCCUCACGCCUGUUAUUUCGAAGCCGUGUUUUUUGUUUUUUUGAAGAGAGAAACGUUUGAGCUAGAAACUGAAGCAGAGAAAGGGGAAAAAAAAAAAGGGGGGGGGAGGGGGGGGAAGGGAAAACACGUGGGAGAGAAAUGAGGGCGAGUGAAUAGUUUCCAAUGAUUAUUUGUAUUUCUCCUUGAUGCUCAAUCCUUGAGACCCGCGAUUUGAUCUGUUACCUCAAUACUGGAAACCGUUCCGCAGGAGCUACAAAAAUACAAGACCACCCAGCAAGCCGAGGAGCCUUUAUGAGCAAAGGACAAGCAAGAUGCAUUGUGAGAGAUUUAUAUGUAUCCUGAGAAUACUUGGAACCACGCUCUUUGGGGUCUCCCUCCUGCUUGGAAUCACAGCUGCUUACAUUGUUGGCUACCAGUUUAUCCAAACAGAUAAUUACUAUUUCUCUUUUGGACUCUAUGGUGCUAUUUUGGCAUCACAUCUCAUUAUCCAAAGCCUAUUUGCCUAUUUAGAACACCGGAAAAUGAAGAGAUCACUUGAGACUCCAAUAAAGUUGAACAAAACAGUUGCCCUUUGUAUUGCUGCCUAUCAAGAGGAUCCUGACUACUUAAGAAAAUGUUUACUUUCAGUGAAAAGAUUGACCUACCCUGGAAUUAAAGUUAUCAUGGUCAUUGAUGGGAACUCAGAAGAUGACAUUUACAUGAUGGACAUUUUUAGUGAAAUCAUGGGCAGGGACAAAUCUGUCACUUAUAUAUGGAGGAAUAACUUUCACGAGAAGGGUCCAGGUGAGACAGACGAGUCACAUAAAGAGAGUAUGCAACACGUAACUCAACUAGUCCUAUCCAACAAAAGUAUUUGCAUCAUGCAGAAAUGGGGUGGAAAAAGAGAAGUAAUGUACACAGCAUUCAAAGCGCUGGGGAGAAGUGUGGAUUAUGUACAGGUUUGUGAUUCAGAUACAAUGCUUGAUCCAGCCUCGUCGGUGGAGAUGGUAAAGGUUUUAGAGGAAGAUCCAAUGGUUGGCGGAGUUGGCGGUGAUGUGCAGAUUUGAACAAGUAUGAUUCCUGAUCUCCUUUCUAGCAGCGUGAGAUAUUGGAUGGCAUUUAACAUAGAACGAGCCUGUCAGUCCUAUUUUGGCUGCGUACAGUGCAUCAGUGGACCUUUGGGAAUGUACAGGAACUCCUUACUGCAUGAAUUUGUGGAAGAUUGGUACAAUCAAGAUUUAUGGGCUCCCAGUGUAGUUUUGGAGAUGACAGACAUCUGACUAACGAGUGCUGAGUCUGGGUUAUGCCACAAAGUACAAGCUAGAUCAAAGUGCCUUACUGAAACACCUAUAGAAUACCUAAGGUGUUGAAACCAGCAGACCCGUUGGAGUAAAUCAUACUUUAGAGAGUGGCUGUAUAAUGCAAUGUGGUUCCACAAGCAUCAUUUGUGGAUGACUUACGAAGCUGUAAUCACUGGAUUCUUCCUUUCUUCCUCAUUGCCACAGUAUUCAGCUUUUCUACCGGGGGAAAAUCUGGAACAUCCUCCUUUUCUUGUUGACAGUUCAGUUAGUGGGCCUUGUAAAGUCUUCCUUUGCCAGCUGCCUUAGGGGGAACAUUGUCAUGGUGUUCAUGCACUCUACUCAGUGUUGUACAUGUCAAGUUUACUUCCAGCGAAGAUGUUUGCAAUAGCCACAAUAAACAAAGCAGGGUGGGGCACAUCAGGAAGAAAAACCAUUGUCGUCAAUUUCAUAGGACUUAUUCCAGUAUCUGUUUGGUUUACAAUCCUUCUAGGCGGUGUGAUUUUCACUAUAUGGAAGGAAUCAAAAAAGUCAUUUUCCGAUUCAAAACAGACUGUCUCAUCAUUGGUACAGUACUCUAUGCAUGCUACUGGGUUAUGCUUUUGACUUUGUAUUUGGUUCUUAUCACCAAAUGUGCAGGCGGAAGAAAGGGCAACAGUACGAUAUGGUGCUUGAUGUAUGAUGUUUCUGCAGACGUUUACACAGAAAAUUUUAAAGCAACCCAACAACUUGAUAGUAUUUGUGGCAUCGAAUUAAUGUCACCAUGAGAAAUGGAUCACUGCUGCUGGGACUUAAACAUUCAUGUUUCUAUGGGUUCAUUUUCAU